AUGCUUAGAUCUAUCAUUGCUCAAAAGACCGCUGUUCGUUCAUUAGCCACUUUUGCAUCCCCAGAAUCCGUCUUACCAAAGAAAUACGGUGGUAGAUUUACCGUUACUUUAAUUCCAGGUGAUGGUGCCGGUAAAGAAAUCACCGAUUCUGUCAAGACCAUCUUCAAGGCCCAAAAUGUUCCUAUUGACUGGGAAGUUGUUGAAGUCAGUGGGGUUGAACCACAAGAAGGUCGUGUUGAUGAAGCUGUUGAAUCAUUAAAGAGAAACAAAGUUGGGUUGAAGGGUAUUUUAUAUACUCCAAGUGAAGGUUCUCAUAAAUCUUUAAAUGUUGCUUUAAGAAAACAAUUAGAUAUUUAUGCUUCAUUAGUUUUAAUCAAGAAUAUUCCUGGUGUUAAAUCCAGAUUAGAUGGUAUUGAUUUUGCUUUAGUUAGAGAAAACACUGAAGGGGAAUAUUCUGGUUUAGAACAUCAAUCUUAUCCAGGUGUUGUUGAAUCUUUAAAGAUUAUGACUAGAUUUAAAUCAGAAAGAAUUGCCAAAUUUGCAUUUGAUUUCGCCAAAAAGAAUAAUAGAAAAUUAGUUACUGCUAUCCAUAAGGCCAACAUUAUGAAAUUAGGUGAUGGUUUAUUCAGAGAAACCGUUAAAGAUGUCGGUCAAGAUUAUUCCGGCAUUGAAGUCAAUGAUUUAAUUGUUGACAAUGCUUCUAUGCAAGCUGUUGCCAGACCACAACAAUUUGAUGUUUUAGUUACACCAAACUUAUAUGGUUCUAUUUUAUCCAACAUUGGUGCUGCUUUAAUUGGUGGUCCAGGUUUAGUUCCAGGUGCCAAUUUUGGUAGAGAAUAUGCUGUUUUCGAACCAGGUUGUCGUCAUGUUGGUUUAGAUAUUCAAGGUAAGAAUUCUGCCAACCCAACUGCCAUGAUUUUAUCUGCAUGUAUGAUGUUGAGACAUUUAGGUUUAAAUGAACCAGCUGAUAAGAUUUCUCAAGCUACUUAUGAUGUUAUUGCUGAUGGUAAAGUUAGAACUAAGGAUAUUGGUGGUUCUUCUUCUACUACUGAAUUCACUGAUGCUAUUAUUUCUAAAUUAGCUUAA